GUUACAUUUUAACAUUGAGUUCACUUUUAUAUAUUAGUCCGUAACUUCAUCAAAUCUCAUAUUAUAUACUAGACUGUUACACUUUGCAGAGGAGGUGACUUGAUGUUGAAGUCAGUCAACGUGUUAAUAUUUGUAACAAUAUGGCGGCUGAGCUUCUCUCUGUAAACUGACCUAUGUUUUGGAGACAAGUCACAACAACAAAAAAGACAAUGUUACUAACAGCUGGUCGCCUGUCCAAAGUGCUGCAGCUCACCCUGGCGGUCAUCAAACCAGAUGCUGUCGCUCAUCCUGUGAUGUUAGAGGCUCUUCACAAGAGAAUCCUGGACAACAACUUUGUCAUUGUUAGAUGCAAAGAUCUGGUGUGGAGAAGACAAGACUCUGAGAGGUUUUACGCUGAACAUUCAGGACGAUUCUUCUAUCAAAGACUUGUUGAAUUCAUGUCAAGUGGUCCGAUGCGUGCGUACAUUUUAGCCAGAGAGGACGCCAUUCAACACUGGAGAAACCUGAUGGGACCUACCAAAGUGUUUAGAGCCAGAUACACCUCCCCUGCCUCCAUCCGGGGACAGUUUGGACUCACAGACACACGAAACACAACUCAUGGCUCAGAUUCUGUUGAGUCAGCCCAAAGAGAAAUCAUUUUCUUCUUCCCAGACUUCAGUGAGCAGGAAUGGAUGGAGAAGGAAGAGCCAGCGUUCAGAUCAGGACAGAUCCAUUAUGACCAUCAGAAACAGAUCCACACACUCUCAGCACAGAGCUGACCCCACAGCUGCUGUUAGGCUUACUGAGCAACAGCAGCAUGAGGACACUGCAAUUAUUCAUCCAUUCAUGUGACAAUGCAAGCUGCCAGAGAUGAUCUUAAAUGUUUUUUUUAAAUGUUGAUACAAGAAAAGUGCGUGUUUGUUGGUCAUCUGAAUUCCUCCAAGUGCCAUUGUGGUCUUUUCAUGUUUGUGUUAUUAGAACUGACUUUCCUUAAACAUGUAAUACGAAGUAAUUUAAAAUAAGGAUUAUUUAUUCUCAUAAUAAAACACAAAUGACACGAUAAGAAAGUCAGACGCUGUGUUGUACAAAUAAAAAACAUAAUUUAUUAAGACAAGUUUUACAUUAACACAAACUCCCGUCCACGCUUCACUGUUAAUAGUGCAAUCAUCACAAACCCAUUCAGCUUCCUGAGCCAUACAGAUAUUAAGAAAGCAGCGACUACAAGUUGUUUAUCAAUGUAACAAACUAGAAUAUAUUUAUUAUUUGUGAAUGAUCAGGAAUGUGAAAUAAUACUUUAUUUCCCUCAAAAGCGUCUUC